AUGAAGUUUCAGAUCGCUACCGUCGCCGGCCUUCUCAUGGCCGGCCAGGCUAUCGCCGCCCCCGCCCCUAGCGCCCCUCUCCAAACCAGGGAUGGCAAGACGGCGGCUCAGAUCGUCGCCGAGAUCGCGCCAGACUCCAAGACGUGCGCCAGCUCCACGGAGUGCCGCACCGCCGACCAAGCCGGCCCCCUGCUCGCCGACGCCAUGGUCAAGUACGGCGUCUACAGCGCAGGUCAGAUCGCAGGCAUCAUCGCGCUGACGGCCUUCGAAUCCGUCAACUACAAGUACAGCCACAACGUCUCGCCCGGCCGCCCCGGCCAGGGCACCUCGAACAUGCAGAUGUUCAACUACAACCUGAUGUACGCGCAGUCGAUCUCCGCGCUCAAGGGCAAGGUCUCGGGCGUCGAUGCCAACGCCGCCGACGCCAAGAAGAACGAGGUCCUCGCCCUCGUCAACACCGACGAGUACAACUUCGGCUCCGGCCCCUGGUUCUUCACCACCCAGUGCACGAAGGAUGUCCAGUCCGCCCUCGCCAAGGGCGACGACGCCGGCUUCUCCGCCUACAUGGGCUGCGUCGGCGUUUCCGUCACCGACGAGAGAAAGGCGUACUGGACUCGGGCCAAGGCCGCUUUCGGUCUUGCCUAA